AUGCGAUACAGACUAUCACUUAGUUUCCAUCAAUCGAAUCGAAUUUCUUCAUUGAUACUUGUGCCCUUCUCAAAAGCGAUGGCUGAUAUUUCGUCUGGAAAUCUUUGAGCCACCUUCGGAACUCUGCCUUCCCACCCAGCCUAAACCCAACUUCGAGCCAAUGCACAACCAUCCUGCUCACCCAUCCUUCAACCUCACCCGCUCACCCAUUCACGAUGGCUGACAUGGAUAUUGAGAUGGAUCUCGACAUCGGCUAUACCGAAGAAGAGCUGGCCGUUCCUGACAUUGAACUAUCUACCGUUGCGCAUGAAGCUACACCGAUAUUGAGCACCCCUAAUGACACCACAGAUGCAAACGCUCUCGAGCCCAGCCCGCACAAGGUUCACGUUCGCGGACUCGACAAUCUCACCACCAAAGAUGUUAGAGCAUUUGCAUCGCAGUACUUUGAUUCGCACACACCUUCACAUAUCGAAUGGAUCGAUGACACCUCCGCGAAUGUGGUUUACGAGACUCCAGAGAUUGCCCAGGAAGCACUGGUUGCGUUUGCUGCUAUCCAGGUUGCAGAUUUAUUACAAAUUCCCGUCUUACAAACUAUUCCGGCCAGAGCAUUUCCUCUACAUCCACAAACGAACCUGCAGGUGCGACUUGCAGUUGUGGGAGACCGGAAGCAGGCAGGUGCCCGUGACCGUAGCCGCUUCUACCUCUUCAACCCAGAAUACGACCCGGCGGAACGCCGAAAGCGAGCAGAUUAUAGAGGGGGCAGAAGAUACAGAGACAGGGAAGAUGGUGGGUAUCGUAGCCAGCGAUACGACGAUCGCGAGCAAAAAAAGCGCGAGCGGGAGGCUGAUUUCGACGCGAGUUUGUACGAUGACGACGAAGGUGCAGUCGCAAAACGUUCCGCCAGGGAUGCCAAAAACCAAGGAUCAUCAUCGGGUAGCGAAUCAAGAGGUCGAGAGUCCCGGAGGGUACGAUUUGGCGGGGCAGCUGGCAAGGAGUUAUUUCCCGAGCGUGUUGAUGGGAGCAGUGGCAGACUACGAGAUCGGAGUGCUUCUCCACUUCGUGAAAGUGAUGGGGAUCAAGACAUGCGAGAGUCGCACGGCGCUCUUAGCAGGCGACAAGAUACGGCAGCGUCUGCGAAUCGACUCAAAGCACAGAUGAUAAAAGCUCGAUUGAAUGAGGCGAGUUCCAUGAAGGAGCUUUUCCCGCAGAAAACGACCAGCCAUCGCCGUUCCGGAGCAUUUGAUGCUGCUGAUGAGACCGUCGCCGACUUGUUUGCCAACAAGAUGCCAGUACCGUUCAUGGAUGGGAGCGGAGAUGGUGGCCCAAGGGAUACUCCAUCACUGGCAUCUAGAAUUACAGGUAGAAGCUCCGGGAACGACCCAUCUGUAUUCAAUAUCCGCGGAACUGCGAAAGUACUCCCUGCUUCUGUCUUUAGUAUCAAAGGAGCAGCUACAUCGGGGCCAAGAGUCAAGGAGUUGUUUCCUUCCACGCUGGGGGACAACGCUGGCAAGGAGCUGUUUUCGGAGAGACUAAACGGACGGGGGGCCCAGAGGCAGAAGGCAUCGGACUUGUUUUAUUGAACAUUGCAAAGGUGCUAAAGUUGGAAAUCAUCGGAUACCAUGCAAUUCAGCAGUUGCAUUUGCACCACCACCGGGGUUUAGAUACCCACUUGUUGCAAUGGGCGGUAAUAUCCACCCAUUCGGUCGGUGCAUCACAACGGAGUCUACCAAGGACGUCGCUUUUCUGGCAUACCGCAAUGGAUUUUCUGCGAUAGAUAGGUUGAGAGCACUAUCAAAUACAAGUUAUUCAGCGAGCAGGGGGGGUUCAUUGUUUCUGACAUCAAAGCUUUGUGAUUGCGUACUUUG